AGAAGACCAGAUACACGAUUGGUCUUGCUCCAGUUGUAUUAGUGUCGGCCGUUAGUUGCACUUCCAGAAGAGACAAGAAUGAAGCAGUGUCUGGUCGGUAAGGUGGCUAUAGUAACAGGAGCAUCACGGGGUAUCGGUAAGGGCAUCGCGCUGCAACUGGCAGAGGCCGGAGCUACAGUCUACAUUACAGGUCGGACGUUGCUGCCCGAUGGUCGGGGGACUUCACUCACAGAAUGUGUGGAGGAGAUAAAGAAGAGAGGUGGACACGCCAUCCCGGUUCAGUGUGAUCACGAGAAAGACGACGAGGUCAAAGGUCUCUUUGACAGGGUGGCGAGGGAGCAAAAUGGCCGCCUGGACAUCCUGGUAAACAACGCGUACAGCUCUGCAAAGGCCUGCAUAGAUCACAUCGAGGAGCCGAAGGGAUUUUGGGACGCGCCGUUAGAACCAUGGAACCAAACCAUCAGUGUAGGAGUGAGGAACAGCUAUAUCUGUGCUGUGUACGCUGCCCGGCUGAUGGUACCGGCUCGGGCGGGGCUCAUCGUCAACAUUUCCUCUGAGGGAGGACUCACUUAUGGCCUUAACCCAGCUUACUGUGUCUGCAAGGCGGCGAUGGACCGAAUAGCCUCAGACUGUGCGCAGGAGUUGAGGGAACAUAACGUGGCUUUCGUCUCCCUGUGGCCGGGCGCUACACGGACAGAGAUCUUCAUGGAAUGGACGGAAAACUUACAGCCUAAAACACCAGUGGAGACCGCGUUUAAGAACAGAUUCGUGUUGAAUUCUGAGAGUGCCGAGUAUUCAGGGAGAGGCGUCGUCCAUCUUGCCACAGACCCUGACAUCAUGGUGAAGUCAGGGAGAAUCUUAACCAGCGGUGACCUGGCAGAUGAGUACGGCUUUAAAGACAUUGAUGGCCGGUCUCCCCCCGACUACGUCCGCCGUCUGAGGGACCGACUGUCCAUGACGGGCUACACCAGACUGGCUGCCUGGGUACCAGCCUUUGUCAAGAUCCCCGGCUGGAUGCUUUCUGCGUACUACCACAUUAUUUAGCUUUAAAUAUGAAAACACUAGCUCAGAAAAAAGUCCCUAAUAUGCUAGUACUAAAACACCAAUUAUCAAGACAUUCUUCCGCAUGUGCAAUAACCAUUUUGUAAGUGGCCAUGACCCGACGAGGUCAUCCGACGACUGGUAUAAUCACACCGGCACAACAUUUGUUCUUGUAGAUCACCAGUCUCACUACUCGUCCUCAUAUAAAUGCACAACAAGAGCCAUGUGAGAGCUGUCAGCGUUCUAGAUCUCGCAGCCCAACCGCCAUUUUGUCCCUGACCCCUACAAACUCUCUGUGACUUCUUGAAAAUACCUUGCAUGCCCUCAGGGCUUGACGCUAUCGCUAGCAGCAGCCCUUAAUGUCAAGAAUGCAGUAGACAAAACAGUAAAGGGACGCGUGCAUGAACUAUGACCUGUAUUCUUUGACAUGGUGUAACCUAAGAAAUGGCGACGCCUUUGCAAAAUACAUGUGUAAGCUAACCUUAUCUUAGACCUUAGUUCAUUCCACAACAAAGCAGAAAGGUACACAGUCAACAUGCUUGUUAAACGUUUCAGCUCGGAUGCUUUUAAGACUUGGCACAAGUACAGCCAAUUACUGAGCCAACAGUAAUGUCAUGAAACAUAGAAUUAGGAAGAUCAAGAAAAUUUCUGUUAAUGAAAGGUUUGCCCAUUCUGUCGAGAACUUCAGAGUAUCAGGCAGUGUAUUGUUUCCUGUUAUAUAUUUAUUUCUGUUGUAUAAUUGACAAUGUAGAAAUUAUUACAACCUUGAUCCUAUAUAAAUUCCGUUACCUUAUCAACUGAGAUAAAUUCUAGUAUAGAAGGUGAUAAGCAUGCAUAGAAGUUAAAUAUUUGUACUAUAUUUGCUAAUAUAAUUAACCAGAUCGAAACCAUUAAGUACUGACUGUACUGACUACUAAACCUACAUAAUUAAUGAUAACACGGUAAUUUGUCAUUUCCCAAAAAAGGUAAGGAACUCUGCUCGCUUUGUUUAAAAAGCAUA